AUGGAACAAUAUAAAAAAAUUGUUUAUAAAAUUGAUGGAUUAGAUUUUACUUUACAAGAAGUUCUUUGUGGAAUGUUAAGAGCACCAUUUGGAAAAGAUGAUUCAUUAGGACCAAAUAUUUCAUACCCUUCAACAAGUCCUAAAGGAAAAUUUGUUUGUAAAGAAAAAGAUAAUUUCCUUUGUUUCUUAAUAAGUUUUGGAAUGACAUCAUCACCUCCUAUUUGGUUAUAUGAAACAAGUGAAUUUAUUGAUCAAAAAAGAAAAGCAAUUAAUCAAUUUAUUGGAACUCAGUGUGCUGCUUUAGGUAAUUCAAAAACAAUAUUUGUUCCACAAACCAUGAAAAUGUUUGUUAAAGAUUUCAAAAAUGAAAAGAACUUUUUUAAGGAAUUAUUAAAGAUUUAUAAUAUCACUGAAAAUGGUUGGAAUUUAAAAUGGCAAAAUGUUGAACGUGAAUGUGGUAUUUGGUUAGAUCAUUUAAAUAGUGAAGGUAUUACAGUUACUCACAGAGACGUACCAUAUCUUGCACAAUAUUCCAUGUUUCAUCUUGCUUCUCCAAAGAUUUUGGUACCUGCUAAUUAA